CCCCCCCCCCCCGCGCGACCACAGCGGGGUCGCUGGGCCCACGCCACCGACGACAUGCUGCCGCACUUCCGUCAUGGCCGCACGCUCCUCCGCGCCCCAAUCGUCACCGCCGACGGGGAUCCUCGAACACCAUCAACCUACCACGCAGUCCAUGGCCGCCUCCCCACGCAGUCCCCUUCUUGCUGCCGACGCGAAUCCGGUCAACCCCUUCCUCCUCUCCUUCUCUUCCUCCAGUGAUCUCCGCUGGAUCCUGCCGCCGUCAACACCAAGCAUCGGAGCCACGGACCUGCACUCCAUCGCCGCGCCUAUCUUCUUCUCGCUGCGGCUGCUCCACAUCGCAUCCGCCCACCGUCGUGACGCCCCCAACCCUUCUGCUUUCCCCAACCCCUGCUGGUUGACCUUCUCGCAAAGGCCACCUCGACCUUCUCGAGGAAGGUUACUUCCGAGGAUCCGGCUCGCGAGGUGCACACCAUCUCAUCCUAGUUGUUGUUGUGUGAAGAUCUGCCGGCCUGAAUACGCAAGAGCAAGAACAGAGGGAAAUACGGAGCAUGAGUAUAACAUGGACUGCUCUCACCCGCCGCCAUGGACUGCUCCGCUGCCAUCCCCAUCGUGAUGUGUCCACGGGGCUCCCUGACCCAUCGACGGGGACAGCUGCAUGUAGCCCCCUGCUCCUCAACUCUUUUUUUUUUUAAGGGAACAAUUGCUAUUCCAUUACAGAGACCUGCUGGUUAAAUCCCCAGCUACAGAGUUCAUUACAAGUUCAGGAAACUGGCCUAACCAGAUUUCAUACAUGCUAUUCCAUUAAGAGUUCAUUACAAGUUCAUUACAAGUGCA